AUGAAGAACAGCACAGGGGUGAGUGAAUUCAUUCUCUUGGGAAUAACCAAUGCCCCAGACCUUCAGGUUCUUCUUUUUAUGAUGUUUACACUCAUCUAUGUCUUCACUUUGAUUGGGAACCUGGGGAUGAUCUUACUGAUUUUGCUAGACUCUCGUCUCCAUACCCCCAUGUACUUCUUCCUCAGUAACCUUUCCUUGGUGGACUUUGGUUCUUCCUCAGCAAUCACACCCAAGGUCAUGACUGGACUCCUUACAGGAGACAAUUUAAUUUCCUACACUGCCUGUGCUGCUCAGAUGUUCUUCUUUGCAUUUUGUGCCACUGUAGACAGUUACCUCUUGGCUUCCAUGGCUUAUGAUCGCUAUGCAGCAGUGUGUAAACCUUUACAUUACACCACCAUCAUGACAAGAAGUGUUUGUGCUUGUCUUGCUGUAGGCUCUUAUGCCUUUGGGGUUCUGAAUGCUUCAUUACAAACAGGAGGCACAUUCUUCCUUUCUUUUUGUGUGUACAAUGUGGUCCAUCACUUCUUCUGUGACAUCCCUGCAGUGAGGAUUCUGGCUUGCUCUCAUAAACAAAUGAAUGAGAUGAUUCUUAUUCUUAUGGCAAGCUUUCACAUUAUGUUUGCUGUUCUUGUCAUCUUGAUUUCCUACCUGCUCAUAUUUAUGAGCAUUUUGAAGAUGCAUUCGAGAGAAGGAUACCAGAAAGCCUUAUCCACCUGUGCUUCUCACCUCACUGCGGUUUUCACAUUUUAUGGGACUGUCACCAUAAUGUACUUAAAGCCCAGUUCCAGUCACUCCAUGGACACAGACAAAUUCAUAUCGGUGUUUUAUACUAUGAUCAUCCCCAUGCUGAAUCCUAUUGUCUACAGCCUGAGGAACAAAGAAGUUAAGACUGCAUUGAUGAAAGUUGUUCAAAGGGUGAAACUGUGUGUAUUUUUAGAUACUUAA